GCGCUUCUUCGUGAAAUGAAGGGACAUACUCGUGAGGCCAAUUCCGUUGCAUAUUCACCAGAUGGCAUUCAUCUGGUCUCGGCAUCGGAUGAUUGUACUGUGCGGUUCUGGGAUGCGGUAACGGGAGCAUGGCUUCGAGAACUGAAGGGGCAUACUGACGUAGUGAGAUUUGUGACAUUUUCCCCUGAUGGCCUUCGUCUGGCCUCGGCCUCGUACGAUCGCACUGUGCGAGUCUGGGAUACAGCAACAGGUGAGCUCCUCCGAGAAUUGAAGGACCAUGAUGAUUCUGUCUGUUCCGUUUCCUUUUCACCAGAUGGGCGUUAUCUAGCCUCAGAUGAUUACAACGUGCGUAUUUGGGAUGCAUCAACAGGUGUACUUGUUCGAACACUGGAGGAACAUGCCUUCAGCGUCUAUUUUGUGAAGUUUUCGCCAGAUGGAUGUUAUCUGGCCUCAGCCUUGUCGGAUAAUACCAUACAUGUUUGGAAUGUGGCAACAGGAGUCCCGCUUCAAGAGCUGAACGGACAUAUCAAUGGCAUCCAAUCCUUGGAUUUCCCGCCGGAUGGCCAUCAUCUGGCCUCGGCCUCAAAUGACAGCACAGUGCGCAUCUGGGAUGUGGCAACAGGAGCGCCUCUUCAAGAGCUGAAAGGGCAUGCUGGUCAGGUUUGGUCUGUGAAUUUUUCGCCAGAUGGUUGUUAUCUGGCCUCGGCAUCUUUGGAUGGCACUCUACAUGUCUGGGAUGUGACAAUGGAAGCACCCACUCGAGGGCCAAAGGCAACGAAAGGUCAUGUUGACACCAUAUCCUGUGUGGAAUUUUCGCCUGAUGGAUGCCAUCUUGUUUCGGCCUCCAAGGAUGGCAGAGUGUGUGCCUGGGACAUUGCCGACAUGAGUUGCAUUGAGCGUGUUAUCUUUCGUCCCCACCAAAUGCUAUUUUCCACCGACGCCUUAACACUCCGCGUCCGAGGUCAGAAAAAGACAAAACAUUUCAGCUUUCCAAAGUUAAGCGACCUAUCCAACCCAAUUUCAACAUCCUUCCACAAAUCUUCACCCACCCAUCUCUUUCUUGAUCAUAAUGCUCUUUGCAUCAAGCGCGAAAACCUUUCCCUGCACAUUUGUUGGCUACCCGACUACUUCAAGCCUAGCUGUCCAAUCGCGGAACACGGUAAUCAUGUUAGCAUUGGUGGAGAGAGAGGGAUGAUCGCAUUCAUCAAUUUAGAUGGACUUGUACCCCCGGCCUCCAUUUAGCACUUGCGUGGUAUGACCACGUUGGUCUUAAUUUUUCGGGGCAUAUACAAGGAUCGUAACUGCCAAUACUGGUUUCUAACUU